GGGGGCUCCUGUACAGCAGCUGCGUGCGGUUCUGGCUGAAGUGGGUCGUGAGGCUGCUCACCGGCAAGUGCGAGCUGCAGCGCGUCCUGCACGGCCAGAAGGAGGGGGCGCGGAGGACGCUCGGCAUCGUAAAUCUUGCUGACCGCUGUUUUGAAUAAUGAGCCUGUUUUCGGCAUUGCUCUCAAGGAUGAUCGAAAAUCUACGUAAAUUAAGCCUUUCAGUUGCUUGAUACGGAGCAUUCACUGGGAUCAUCAAAGAACAAGGUAAAAGAUAAAGAUUCAGCUGUAUGAUAAACUAUUUCAGAGGCAGGUGCCUGAAAAGAAUACGUGCUUAUUGAGGGAAGGAAAAAGCAGAGGAAUAAGAGACAGAAAGAACAACAUCUUGGGCUCUGCAUGCUAGGAUUAUUCAGGGUUUUUCAAGAAUAACCCUAUAUCACUUCAAACAUUUGUUCACUUUUUUUUCCUCUGAAAGAUUACCUGCUCUGUAGCAGUGACUCAGACAAGUCAUGGUACUGAGUUUCUGUUCUUGGAGAGAGUCAGUUCUCCCUGUCACAGCUGUCUCCUUUGCUGGCUUUGUAGAAACCAGAAAUGCAAUACAGGUUUUAAGAAAUGCUCUACACGUUGAUGAAGCUGAAGUGGAGAAGUGUGUCAGAGAUGUAAUGAAAGAAAAGAAAAUUGAACAUAAGGAUAUCAGGUUUAAGACAAAUCUGCAUAUAUCCUUACUGCAGAUAACAGGUUACAAAAAACUUUACUUGAAUGUGGAAAAUCUGAGGAAGGUCCCGUAUGAUUCAGAUAAUGAAGAACAUGAGGAACAGUUAAUUGAGCUUUGGAAUUUGCUGAUGCCUCAUGAAAAUCUGAAGGCCAGAAUCACCAAGCAGUGGUGUGACAUCGGCUUCCAAGGUGAUGACCCCAAAACAGACUUCAGAGGGAUGGGCCUGCUGGGAUUAGUGAAUCUGGUGUAUUUUAGUAAGCAUUACACCAAUGAAGCUCGUCAGAUUCUCUCUCAUUCAAAUCACCCUAAGCUGGGAUAUUCUUAUGCAAUUGUUGGAAUUAAUCUGACCGAAAUGGCAUACAGCUUACUUAAGAGUGGUGAUUUAAAGUCUCAUCUGUACAACGUGGUCUCUGGAUUGCCACAAAUGGAACAUUUCCAUCAAUUUUACUGUUAUUUGGUUUAUGAGUUUGACAAGUUCUGGUUUGAAGAAGAACCAGAAAGUAUUAUGCACUUCAACCAGUACAGAGAAAAAUUCCAUGAAAAAAUUAAGGGUCUUCUACUGGAUUAUGAUGCGAUAUUAACCUUGGGAGAUAAAAAGAAACCUUAACUCCUCUGCAAUAUAUCAGGUUCUGCAUCAACAAUGGAAUUACUCAUUUGGCUGAAAGUUUUGUAAGUUUCACCAAAAACUGUAUAACAAUAGAACUUUUUUACAUAAAAAAAUAAUCUAAGUUCAGUUAAGAAAGCUCGGACAAUCAACCUCUGUUUACAGCUCUUUAUAUGCUACUCUCCAAAGGACAGGGUUAUUGUGUUUAUUUUUGUUGUUUUGUUUGUUUUUUAACCCAGAAGUCUGAAGAUCCCUGGAUCACUUAUCAUUUUUUUAUACUUCUUGGUGCAGGAACACAAAGCAGAUAUUUAUUCUGCAUAGUGCAUUUCAUUAAUAGGUUUAUCUGUUAAUUGUCUUUUAAAACUUUUUUUAGUUGAAAUGUCCCUGGUUUUAAGCUUUUUGCGUUCUCAUUCUGUAUGCGUAGUCAAUAGUCCACUUGUCAAUGUUAAAUUUCUACAAUGAAGAGGUUGAUGAUGGGGAUGUAUUAGUCACAAUUUUGGAAAGAGGCUUAAUCCAUCAACAUACUGAUGUACUUACUACAAAUUACUUCUGGCUAAGGAAGUUUUUUGUGUGUGGAUUUGUACCAGCAAGUUGCUAUGCCUGGAAAAAGCUUAAUUUGCAAACAAAUAAACAACAACAAAGAAAGAACCACAAGUCAACGGUGUGAGGAUCUGAUCCUCAGAGUAAAGCUACUCUUUCUAAAAAUACUGCCGCUAUAAAAGUUUUCCGUUCUUUCUGAUCUGACUUCAGCUGCUCAGACUGCUUGACUUUGUUGUCAGCCCUUUCUUUUAGCAGCUAAUGAGAAAUUCCCAUUGGGAAGUACAAGAGUUGAGUUCACUCAUUUAACAAAAAAAAAAAAAUAUUGCAGAUGCAGCCCCUAUUUUUUGAAAAUUAAUACUAGCCUCUAAUAAAAAUGCAUUUUGCAUGGAUAAGUGCAACUGUGACACAUUCCUUAAUCAUGGCAUCCUCAGACAAUCUAGUCAAUAGGACUUCAUAUCUAUAUUUUGUCUAAUUAUUGCUUAAAGCAGCUUUAAACGGAUUUGGUACAACCAUCACUUCAUUUUCCAAAACCUACUAUUAAAGAAGUGCCUUCUGCUUUUUUCAAUCAGUGUUUUAUUUUGAUUCUGUAACCAGAUCAUAGCCUUAGAAGCUCAAGUUAUUUGGGAAAAACUCUUUCAGUAUAUAAAUAGCACACUGGCGCAAAACCUGUAUGCUAAUACAAGCUUUCAUGGUUCAUCUUUUAUUUUUAAAUCAUCGCAGGUAAAUUAGUUAACUUACAGUCAGUGACUAAUCAUGAAGAGGGUCCUGAAGAAUACAAACACUGAACAGGAGAGGAAAGGGAUGAACCCCUUUUUUGUAAUGAGUGAUGUUACACUACAUAAAUAAUACAUUUCUUAAUAUAAUAUGAAAUAUUACGUCUCCCUGGAGAGAUUAAAAGCCCAACUGGACAAGGUCCUGCGCAGCCUGCUCUAGGUAACCCUGCUUUGAGCAGGGUUUGGACCACGUGGUCUCCAGAGGUGCCUUCCCACCUCGGUAAUUCUGUCUUGUAUAAAUAGUGACUUCUUGCACUGCGUGCACCCAAUUACUCUUGGUCCCUUAAAUGUUGGUGAUCUCUUUAUUUGUGGGAAAGCACCUGGUCACUGUAUACUAUAUAUAUAUAUAUAUAUAUAUAUAGUAUAUGCAGGAGGUAGUGCAGCUCUGUUUACUUUUUAUGAUGCCUUAGGUAUAGUAACAAACAGGUUUUGAGCUUACCACACACAGGGUGGAGAGAGGUUCAUCUCAUCUAUGUUGGACUGACACUAUUCUACUAAAAAAAAAAAAAAGGUAAUGUGAAGAUGCUUGUAGGGUAUAUUUAUGGUUAUGCUUUGGCUUUAAAGCAGAUAGAUUUCCACAAGGGUGAUCAAGGGACUGGAGCAUUUCUCCUUUGAAGACAGACUAAGGGAGCUGGGUUUGUUCAGCCUGGAGAAGAGAAGGAGGAUCUGGGGACACCUUACAGCAACCUUCCAGUACCUAAAGGGGGGCUUACAGGAAAGCUGGGGAGGGACCCUUUGUCCAGGAGCGUAGUGAUAGGAGAAGGGGUAACAGCUUUCAACUAGAAGAGGCUGGACUGAGAUCAGAUAUUAGAAAAUUCUUCACUCAGAGGGUGGUGAGGCACUGGAACAGGUUGCCCAGUGAAGCUGUUGAUGUCCCAUCCUUCUAAGUGUUCAAGGCCAGGCUGGAUGGGACUUUGGGCAACCUGGUCUGGUGGGAGGUGUCCCUGCCCAUUGCAGAGGGUUGGAACUGGGUGGUUUAUACAGUCCCUUCCAACCCAAACCACUCUGUGAUUCUCAGGUAACAGAAUUGUCCACAAGAAGCCUGGUUCUUUUGCUGUUCCUGCGAACUUGGAGUUCUGUAAUUCUUACCAAUGGAAGAGCUGAGAUGCUGUGGAGAGCAAUCUGGGAUUCAGAUACUGUGUUGCUGCUCUGUUUCUCUGACCCCCUGCAGAAACUGAACAUUCCUAACAGCUGGCUGAGGAAGGGAGUGGAAAGGAAACUCUUUCUCAGCAGCUAGAAAGUUAGUUAUUUACUACUUCCUAGCCCCAGCUUCCUUUGUGUUUAUCUUUAAUAAUUUUGAUAUUGCUUGUAAAUCUCCUUUGCAAGCAACAUGAGACUAAUCUUUUGAAUUUCGGAAGGGACCCCAGGAUGUCUAGCAGCAGCAGGAAGGGAAUCCCAGAAUCACAUUUACUUCCCUCUACCGCUUGCUAACAAUUAAAAAAAAAACGAUUGAGCCAUCUCCAGAAAAAACACAACCCACUCCGGUGGAGUCUGCAAUUUUUUUUUUUUUUUUUUUUUUUUUUGCAACGGUUGCUAACAAUCUCCACACCAGUCUUUCCAGCCUUGAAACUUGCAUUCAGCUCCUUGGUCAUAAGGAGACUACCACGUAACUACUGCUGAGGCUUUUUGAGCAUCAAGUUUUAGGUUUCCUGUCACACAGCUAAGACAUCUUAGUGUAGAACAUAAAUUGAGCCCUACAUGAAAUGUAUCUUCAUUAGCUUUUCAUUUUUUAAAUCAAAAAGUGACCUGGGAUUAAACUCCAUCAGCUUACGAAGGAAAAAAAAGUAAAUAAAAUGAGUGAGAUAUAUGGGAAUGUAUUAGCUUGUACGUAGUAAUCGUUUAAGAUGAGUAUUUGUUAGGCUCCACUACACUUCCCCAGUAAACGGUUAGAAUUUGCAUGUAGUUUUUGUGAUCAAAUACCCCAGUCCUUCUGUUUAAGUCACUCUAUGUAGAAUAGUACCAGGUCUCCCCGUUUUGCACCAGUGGUAGGGUAAUUGUAUUAUGGUGGUAACUAGAAUAUGGGAGGGGAGGGGGGAUGGUGAAGCUGUGUUUAGGGAAGGGAAAGAGAGUGUUUAGAACAGUAUUUUACUUGUCAGUGGUAUUUUGUACUAACUCUCUUACAGAAUGACAAUCCUAAGGUUAUGGAAGAUUCAAAAUGGAGGUAGGCCACCUUUCUGCAAGUUGAUAGAAUCAAUUUGUUGAACAUCAGAACUUACUGCUUGUAGUUUAUUCUAAGACUCUUGUAAAUUAAAACCUUGUUAAAUUCUCUUGCUGUUAUUUAUUAACUGUCGUGUUUUACUUAUUAGAACUUGUAAGUAUUGUUACUUUAACAUGCUGCAUCGUCAAAGCAUUCACUACACUGUUUAUAUGCAACAGUAAUAUUUUAGAAAAAAUUAAAACUGAAGACAAGGCAGUUCUCUAUUUUUUUUUGUUCCUGUAGCAACUGUUUAACAGACUACCUCCCUUCCUGUUGUUCCAGCGUAUGUUUGAAAUGUGGUGCCACUCCAUGAAUAAAUUAAUCUGAAGAUAAGUAGAAACUUAUUAUAAAUAACAAUAGAAUAUAGUCUUUCAAUAAACAAGCACGUUGCUUCUUAAGUAACCAACUUAAUUGGAAAGCAUGAUUUGAAGACAACGCUACUUAGGAAGAAACAAGAAUAUUUUUAAACUGGUUGUGCUUCUGUCAUUUGAUACUGUAAAAAUAUGACAUUUUGCCUAAAGAAAAGGGGCCAAUUUAAGCACCUCACAUAAAUAGUUUUGGAUUUUCACUCUUUGAGAAAAAAUGUUUUUCAACUAGGAUGGAAAACAAAAAUCCCAUUGGUUAACCUUGUCUUAGGAAUUAUUGUAAUAGAAACAUUUGUAUUUAGUUAUGUGGGAGUUCAGUAGUCAGUAUUGAAAAUAUGGCUAGUAAUUUUUUUUUGGUCAUACCUGUUUUGUGUUGCUGUAGUAGAAAGGCAAUCGGUCUUUGGACUGAUGUUUCUUGUGCCAGUCUAUAUGUUGUUUUUUGGGGGGGGGGGGGGAGAGGAAGACAACAAGACUGCUUGUGGGCAGUUUCUUCUUAUCACACUGUGCUUAGAUAGCUGUAUACUAAUUGGAAUUUCUGUUUACCACAAUAUAAAAGCAAUAAUGUAAACGGUGAUGUCUGUGUAAUGGAAAGAUGUUUACAAUGGUAGCAAAUAAAGAAUGAGUUAUUC